CAGUACUGUUUCCAUUAAUACAGUAAAUACACAAACUCUAAUCUGAAACCUAAACCAAAAUCAUAAAUCAAGUGUUAUCUCCAUUUCCAUUGUUAUACAUCACUCCAACUAAGAUCAAACAAAAAUCAACCCUUUAAUGCACAGUUACCGCACUCGUAUCUGCAAAGUUCAUCCAGCUUACACAUUAACCCCACAUGAUAGUUCAUAUAUAGUACCAAGUAUUACUCAAAUAAAAGCGGAAAGCACAAACUUUGUUCCUUAGCUUUUAUAAGUUUCUUCAUCUUACAUGCAAGUGGCAAACAGCUAGUAGUCAGGUAAUAACCAUCCAGAUCACAAAACUAUUUCACAAUUAUUGAAGGGAAGAACACAGAUAAACACUAGACCGGCAAGGAGGUAACUAGGCAGAGAAUGGAGAACUAUAUGAAUCCAAAGAGCUUCGUUACAAUUGCAAAAGACAGAUCAAGGUAAAGGUAACUUCAUGAAAUGAUAAUACAGACCAUAAGUGGAGAAUACACGUGUGAUUAAACACAUUAAAUUCAUAACAAGUCGUUAAUCAGUAGUAUCCUUCCUAAUGUGGAAAAAUUCAACACAUUAAAUCCAAGCAUCCAACCUUCCUAAAUAUGUUAAGCAAAAAAUGACAAAUAGCUAAUCCAUCUGCAGUUGCCUAUCAAUUGUGAUGGCAAACCGAAUUAAGAUCUUAAGGAAAAAUUAUAUCAUUUCUUAGUGCACGAUUAUCAAGGUUAGCAAAGCUACAAAAGCUUACUGUACAUGUAACAGCCAUCGUAUGUUCAGAGAUAUCUAAGAUAGUAGAUAAAAAUGCAAAGAUACUAUAACAUGAAAAGACAUAUGUUAAUAAUGUAAUGGCCAUCAGAUGUUCAAAGGAGCCUAAUUAGAUCUCAAUGCAGAGAUGACUAUAACAUGAAAAGAUAUUAGCUUACCUUCAUCUAACAGAUCCCUAAAAAAAAACCUUCAUCUAACAGCUAUUUAGGUAGAUCCUAAAGGUGAAAAUGCAAAUUAUUCUGAAAUCAAGGGCAGAAAUGCCAGAAGAGGAUUUAAGCACUUGUAUGACAUCUCUAAGACAAGCUAAAAAAAAAUAAACAAGUUUAAAAUGUAGCAUAUUGACCUCUAGAAGUCUAGAGUUUCCGUAAGCAAACGAGACGAAUAAAUAGCAAAGGUGUUCACAUAAGCAAAUGAAAGUGUGAUAUGCAGCAUGCUUCUUAUACAAAAGUACAAUACACAUGAUAAUGUAUAUAAUGCGCAUGCCACAACCAUGUCUCUCCCAGUAGUUCUUGUAAAACGCAUACAUGCAAGGACCAAAGCCAACCAUAUAACUAGACCUCACAAAACCAACUCAUACAGUUUAUGCCCUAUUUAGAUGAGCCGAUUUACAGAUGAACUAUAAUUAAUCUUAUCCAAAUUUAAAAUGACUAAUAAUCUAAUAUUGAAUGAUUUGUCACAAUAGGCUCUUUGACAAUAGACCCAAAUCAAAUUAAAUCAACCUAAAUAAAUCAAAUGACUCAUCACCCGAAUAUGUCCGGAAUCGAAUUGACCCAAAGAAAAACCCGAUUUGAAUGACAGUUGGCACCUUCUACAUGCAACCAUAAGGCUGAUCUCAACGUUAAUCUGAAGCAACUAUAUAAAUGAUUUAUUUUUUUUAAAAUAAAUAAAUCCAAGAAUAGAGAUAGGGAGGACUCUUAUAAGACAAUCUUGAACCAAAGGGUUAAAAAAAAACAUUCCCAAUCCCAUAUAAAAGGCUCAUACAAAUACUUGCCAAUUGAUGUGCCAAGUCAGACGAUUUCCAUUAUUUUAGUGAUACAAGAGCAUGUGAUAGUAAUUUUGUGAACCAAGAGAAGAAAAGAAAAAUAAAAAAAAAAAACUUUACAUGACUGCAGACAUACUGCUAUCCUAAAUUUCCACAAAGCUCUUAAAAGAGAUGAGGUCUGAAGCACACCACGUAACUCAGUGUGGCUGAUCAUUAAAGAGCAAUGUAACCUAUUUGUAACAUAUGUCAUCAGCAAAACCAUAGCAAGACGGGACAAUCAACAGAAUUUAGAAAAGUAAUAAAUGAUGAACAUAGCAUCUUAAAGAGUUAGUAGAGUAAGCCAGAACCUACUCCACAAAUGUUGACCAUGACAAGAUAAUCCAACCUCAAUUUGUACUUUUCUAAGUGUUUCUUCUGUCUAUUUUUUCGUUGCAGUCUUCUAGAGGAUUUUACUACAAUCAUUAAAUCAUAAAAGGAUGUCCAGUGUGGCCACAACUUCUUAUAUAUUAUCACCCAAAUCAUCAAAUUUGGAAAGCAGAGUCAAAUUUAAGAAAAGGGCUGAAGGAUAUCACAAUGAAGUUACUCAGCUGGAUGCACCGGAAGUUCCAAAAAGAUGCCACAAGUUCAUUGCAAACUUUGGUUGUUGGGAGCACUUGCACUUGCUUGUUGCUAAAGCCAUCAGCCAACAAUCACGGAGAAUACAAAACACCAAGUAAUGACUCCAUACAGAGGUGGCAAUCAAGACAACAAUGCCAACACCACCUUAAGGAGAUCAAUGAUGAGAACACAGAAGAAUUCAGUGAAAAUCAAUCCCCAGAUAUAUUCCCAGGCUUCCUAACAAUUGGAACUCUAAGUGUAGAGUCGAUAUCAGAGGCCCCAACGCCAACAUUUGAUUUGCCUCAUCAGGUUGCAAAUGAAAGUGGAAUGGCAGAAAUGAGAUAUGACUUGAAGCUUAUCAAUGAAGAGUUGGAAAAAUUUCUUAAGGUUGAAGCUGAAAAGGAAGGAAACACUGAUUUAUCAAGGAAAAACAGUGAAGCAAGCACUAUAACCCUCAGUGCAGAGGUAAAGGAAGAUGAAAAUGAUCACAACUCUGUCAAAAUGUAUCCCCUGCAAGGAUAUCUUUUUGGAUCAUCCAACGAACUUCUGGAAAGUAAACCAAAGGAAAAGAAAGAUAAGGCAUCCCUCUUUGAGCUAUUUACAAAGAACACAAUAAUGGCCAGGAGCUCCAUCAAAGAGGCUGACAAAUCCCAGAAACAAGCAGCAAAAGGAAUAAAGUCGUCAGAUAAUCUGAUUAACAAGAUACUACACACAGCUCAAAUUUCUCAUAAAAUCUCCAAUUUUUUUAGUGGCCAUGCAGCUGAAUCAUUUCCGACUACAAGAAAACUCAACAAGAUCAACCAGCUUUUCCACAAAAAAGUUCACCCUGAAAACAGCAAGGCUGCAUAUGCUGUGAAAGACCCCAAGGUCAGCAAGUACAAGUACAAGCACAAGACUCCCAACUCCAGUAAUAUAAGGGUAGAUUCAGAACUUGGCAGUGAAAGGAGUAAAAUUAGGUGCUGGGGUACACUCAAGAGAGGAAAAAGACAUUGCUCCAAGACCGAUAUGAAACUACCACGUGAUGCAAUCACCGGGAAAUAUUUGGAUCUUCCACAAAGAUACACUAAUGGUGAAUCUGGUGACGCAGACAAGGAGCAUUGGAUCAACACAGAUGAAGAGUAUUUUGUGUUGGAACUGCAGCAGAACGAGGAAGUUCAGGAUUAGAAGUUGUUUAAAUAAUUAUAUUAUAUCUAGUAUGCAUAGAGUGUUGAGUAAUGCUAUGCAUGGUUAGAAGUACAUGAGCUCAUGCAGUAUAUGGUUAUUUGCAAGAAGCUGCUCUUCUAUUUAUAUAAAGCUUGUGCUAGUGAUCAUUGUAAUAAAUCUUUCUAUUCUUUUCUAUGCCAUUUCCAAUGAACAUUAAGUAAUGUACUCCGUAACAAUCAGGUGUGCUGCUAUUAUAUUCCUUUAUAACCAAGUUUGUUUAAAACUUUUCCAAUUUCAUUACAUAUUUGAUUUUGAGUUUUUGACAGUGUGUUUGGUAACUUCACAUUAAAGAGGAAAACUUGGUAAAAGCAUGAAAAUGUAUGGAUUUCUCAAUUUUACCAUGUUUAAUUAAUGAGGAAAAAACAUUAGAAAAGCUAUAUUAUGGCAAUAUGUUGAAAACUGGGUCGAUUAGAUUUUCAUAGUUUCAUUUUCAAUUUAAUGGAAAAAAUGUAAAAAUGUAAAUUACUCUUUUUAAUUUCAACAGUUUUCCUCAUCAAACUAAACAGCAAGCUAGAUUUUUUUUUUUUUUUUGGUUCUCAAUAGUUUUGUGCUUUCACUUUCACCCAUUAAACAACUACACAAAUGAAACACUGAAACAAGUAAUUAUAAUAGUUUUGCUUAGCUACAUAUUUUCAUAAUCUUACUUUUCAAUAGAUUUCAUCCCUAACCAAGUUCCCAAACUCACUGUAAGCCUAUUGAAUUAUAUAUAGAAAUAUAGUCACAUGAGUAAAUGAUACAUGGUAACAUCAUCCAAUUCAUACUAUUUCGGUUUCACAACAUUUGCAUUACUUGCUAGUUUGGGAUGUUACAAAAAUGUUACAACACUUCCUUUUCUAGUAACUUUUAAGUCUUUCCCAUUUACUUUAUUCAUACUUGGCACAUACUUUCUCUCCCCUCCUGUCUAUCUUCAUUACAAAAAAUACAUCUUACUUAUUGUGUAAUCACCUGGAUCAGCCACCCACUUCUAUCCUAAAACAACUAUGGAAACUUAGCGCCAGUCUAACCAAGAGAUAGUCAAGGAGAACCUAACGUCCAUAAUUUCUCACAGGACAUCCUUUACUCCCCACCGCCGCCCUCUCUUCUUUAUGAGGCAAAGGCCAGGGAGUAGACUCAAACUUACAUUCAUAACUGAAUCAACAGAAAGACCAUCGAACAAUUCCAAGAGGAAAACCACAAUCCUAGAAUAGAAAACCUACCUCCCAUAGGCUGUAGCAUAAUGUAAAAUAUUUCACUGCAGUUAGCUAACUCUAAUCAGCCAAUGUAAUCCAAAUUAUUAUCUACAAUAAAGGCCAGAUUUUACAGAAAAUCUUAAAUAAUCUUCUCGUAAACUAAUUUUGUUAAAAUAUUGAACUAGUAACGAAAAUUUUAAGUACGCAAUAUUAAUUCCCCAAAAAAAAAAA